UGAUGGUCUUACUGCAUUUGCGCGUCGUUUUGAAAUUAUUCAACACAUCUCAAACGCCAACCGCCGAAAAAAGCAGAAGCGACGCGCAUAAUUUCGAAUGCAAACGGCCGCCCAGCCCGCAAGUAGUGAAUAGCAAACAUCCGUUGAAAAUCGCCAACGUUAAGUGCCGAGCAGUACAGUUAAUUAAAUUCUAGAGUGCGCGCAACUAAAAUUCGCAUUUGCAUCGGCAUUUGCAGCAGCUGCAGCAACAACAAUGGACCCGUUUACUCAGCACAUGCUCGAGAAGGCGGAACAGCGCAGUCGCGCCCUCGGCAUCAGCAACGCCAGCAAAUUCCCCCCUCCGAGCUCCGCCACGUCCUCUUCUGGCGGAGAUGCGGGGGUCCUGGCCCAGAGAAGCCGCUCGCCGGGAGUCCAGAGCACGGCCAGUGGCGGCGGCAAGGUCGUGGUGCUGGACAAGGCCAUGCUGGAGGCGUCGCCGGCCAAGCCACUGCGUCACUAUGCGGCGGUCAACAAGGAGAACAUGGAGAUGGGCAUCGAGAUAAACAUAACCACCGACAAGCCGAUUGGGGUGCAAGUUGAGAUUCAGGAGCAGGAGGUGACCGAUGACGACGAGGAGGAGGAGGCAGGCGCUACGAAUCCCCUGCUAGAAGCGGAGCCAGUGAACCAGCCGCUGGCCAGGCUGAGGGACACCUCGCGCAGCAGAUUGCAGCGCAUGGGCGCCCUGUACUCCAACGCGGAUGACCUUUCCUCGCCCAUCCACCGCACAGAGGGGCAGUUCCAUGUGAGAACGAAUGAGGACGAGAACAGCGACAACCGCAGCAGCAGGCAGCCCAAGCAGAGAUUGGGGAAACUGGCCGCCUUGGCGGACACCAUUAACCAAUGGGAAGAUGACACGUCGCACCACGAAGUGCACAGACCCCUUGAAGCGCCCCCACCAAAACCGCACUUGCCCAGCAGGCGGGCGGAGAAGGCGCCGGCUCCACAGCCUCCCAAGAAGGACGAAGUCGACGAGGCCGCCGGUACGAAGCAGCUCAAGUGGGAUCCCAAGGUACUGAGCUCACUGGAGGCUCAAGGUUUUCAGCGCCGUGAAUCGUCGACCAUUAAACACACCUAUGAUUAUGCCAAACAGGGAGAAGCGGCGCCAGCUGGCAAACAGGAAGGGGCAGUGCCAGCUGCUAAGCCGCCAGUGCCGGAGAAAUCGACGACGGUCAGUCAGGUGGCCAAGAGCUUUGGCUCUUCUGCUCCGGCACCCAAGCCAGGCUCAUCAGCGCCUCCAGUUAGUGUAAAGACGGGCUUGGUUUCGGGACGGGCGGCCAUUUUUGAGAGCAAAGGUGGGCAGUCGCAAGGCAGUCUUCGCAACCAGAAGGAUCCUUGCGAGCUGUCGCUGAAGGAGCGCAUGAAGCUGUUUGAGUCAGGCAACAACAAGGCCAUGUUACCGAUGGCGCCAAUAGGAUCCGCUCCCAGUAUUAGCCAAAUCAGGGCGGAGGAGGUGAAACAGCAUUUGGCGGCAGUGCAUCCGGUGACGGCUGCCGCUGCGACUACUGUAGUUGCAGCAACCAAGCCUAAAACAGAAAACAAGCUGCGCGACAAAGUGGCCGCUUUGGUGGCCAAUGCGCAAUCAAGUGCAGAAACCCGCAUCAAGGACAUCGAUCGUCAGAGGCAGGAGGACAUGCAGAUCAUAUCGAACCGUUUCAAUAAGCAAAAGGAGCUUUUUGACAACCAAUCAGCCGCCAGUUCCGUGCCAGCUCCGGCCCCUGCUCGAGCUCCAGCGCCAGCGCCAGCUCCCAGCAAAGCAGUGCGGCCAAUGCCGCCGCCUCCACCGCCGCCAAUUGCUGGGCUCGCACCCUCGUUGGCCAGCAGCAAAAGGAGAUCACCUGGUGAUGCUCCAAUCACCGACGACGACUCCAAGCGGGCCCGCAAAUCGCAUUCCGAUCGCCUAUAUCCCGCCCUGUCCGACCUCGAUUCCAGCGGGGACAACUGCUGUGCCACCGAAACAGCCUCGGCCACGGACGACAGCCAUCAACUGGAUGAGGAGGAGACCGAAAGCUGCAUGGAUGAGUCCGAGGACCAGUCGCAGACUGAGGACAGCAGCGCCGGCAUGUGCAACGGCAGUCUGGGCCGCGAGAUAAUGAGCGCGGUGCAGCGCAACGAGGCGGAGAUGCAGCAGCAGCCCGGCAAGAAAACUGUGCGCUAUGCGGACCACGACUUGUACUACAAUCACGAAGGUCAGGACGACAGCUCGAUGAACUCCUCGCAGGUCUCUGCCGGCAUCGAUGACUAUCUGGAUGAGGCGCUGGUCGAGGACUACGGCAGCACUCAGGAUGACGAGAGCGACAGCGGGGACGAGCACAAUGCCAGUCGACUCUCCUUGGGCAGCAAAGGGACCACGGCCUCAAACAGCUUUUCCUUCCGCAAGAAUCCAGCCUCCACAUGCACUCCAAUCGAGGAGCACCAUGAGUUGAUGGACUUGCAGACACCUCUGCCAAGUGGUGCACAGCCUGUCAAGUCCGAAUUGAGCGUGAACCAGGACAAAGAUAAUCUGGUCACCCUGGUACACACGGUCAGCUUCUAUCGCCGCCAGCAGAGCGCCAAUAGCUCCAAUUCCACGCCGGUGCGCAAGAUCUGUCGCGAACAGCAGGUGACGCGAUCAGCGCUCGCAGGCGACUGCCAUGCCAAGCACAGGCUGGAGUACGACUCCCCUCAGCAGGGCGAGAACGCCGGAGCAGCCGCUGGUCUCACAGAUGAUCCGACCGACGAGGAUGACGAAGAGAUGCAGAACGCUCGCGAAUUGAACGAGGCCACUCAGGCGCAGGACAAAAUCAAGAAGCUGCUGAGUGAGGUGUGCAAGCAGCAGCAGGUGAUUGGGCAAGCCAGUCAGGCCCUGAACCUGUGCGCGGCCACCGUCGAGUUUUCCGGCUCCACAGAGUCUGUGGAGGGAGAGCGGUAUCUCCUACUGGCAACCCAUCGUCGCCAGGCCUGCUUGGACGAAGUCCAGCGUUUGAGAGUCGAGAACAGUAUCCGUCCUGUGGGCGCACCAAAGGAAAAGGGCCUGCUGACGGUCAAGGACAUUACCAUUCCCCUGAGGCAGGAGUACGUGCGUAAAAUGGCCUCCGGCAACAUCAAUGGUCACCAUCUUGUGUGCCUACUGAAGUACAAUGAGCACGUGCUGGCCACCAAGACAGUGCCCACGAUGCCUGGCCUGUUGUCAGUCAAGUUUCCCGAUGUCCUGCAGCUGAACAAUGUGUAUGCCGACUUUAGGAUCACGCUGGAAAUCUAUGGCAUGCUGGCCCAACGUGAUCAGCUGCCCCAUGAGUUGAAGUACCACAUCAAUUUGAACAAGAAGGGAGGUGUGAAGACGCCCAAAAAGAAGGGCGGCGAAAAUCGGCUGGUGAUGCCGCCGGUGCAGAGUCCGGCGGGUCCCCAUGUGGUGAGGACGCCUCAGCUGGUGCAAUACGGCUUUGCCAUCUUCUCGUUGCGUGAAAUCCAACGCACUUCCUGGACGCUGACCCAGGUGCUGGGCGUUAGCCCACUGGAGGGCGUGCUUCACAUGAAGGUCAACUGCGAACUGUCCGUGAGCGUGGAGCACAAGGGAUUCCUAACCAUGUUCGAGGACAUUUCCGGCUUCGGGGCCUGGCAUCGUCGCUGGUGCUAUCUGAACGGCUCCGUGCUCAACUUCUGGAAGUAUCCGGACGAUGAGAAGCGCAAGACGCCCAUGGGCAGCAUCGAUUUGAACGCCUGCCGUUCCCAGAAGGUUACCACCGCGCCGCGCGACAUCUGCGCCCGCCUCAACACCAUGCUGCUGGAGUGCGAAAGACCGGCGCUGGACACGGAUCAGGAGUCGCUGAUAAUAGUGCCCAACGGACAGACCACCAUAGUGCGCCAUCUGCUCUCCGCCGACACGAAGGAGGAGCGCGAGGAGUGGUGCGCUUACUUCAACAAGGCGCUCACCCUGCUGCGCGCCUGGGGAGCCCACUGAACUGCUGACCCGCUCCUGCAAUCCUGUCUGCAGCAGCGACACUGUCACUCACACUGACACCGACACCAAACGGGCGGGUUGUUUAAAGUUUUCUCUUUUUAAGUUCACUCAGUUUACAUUUUAAAAACGCGUUCGCUUAUGUCUUCUUUUUGUUUUAUGUUUCCGACUCAAAUUAAUCGUACUCCGCAUUGGACACGCUCGUGUUCGUAUUUUGUUUGAAUACCCUUACAUGUACAUUGCAUUUAGGACGUCUCGCUAAAUAUAUAUAAUAUGUAUAAAUCCCAGUAAAAGGUUGCUGCCAGUUAUACACUGAA